AUGGGGGAGGAAGGAGAGGGGGGUCCCCAAAUCCCCAUAGAGGUUUACGAUAUCCUCAGCUGUGCCGCGAAGGCGGCCGCGCUCGACCAAUCGCGAAGCGAGGGAGGGGGCGGGCGGGCUGACAGCGUAGCCCGGACCGAUAGGGGGCGUGGUUUGCCGCCGGCGCAUGCGCAGAGGAGCGGGACCCUGCUAGCCGCGGCUGUGAGGGGAGGCGGACCUGCUGUGAGACGUGUCCCAGCGGAAGCGCAGCAAAGGAUCCGGCUCCCCUCAGGUGAGCGAGCUGGGUCAGUCCCUGCUUGUCAAAGACCAGAAAAAAAAUCCACAUCAAGAGAAUGGCAAUUAAGAAAGAUACAUCGCCGAUCGUCCUGGUGCUUAACCAUCGCCUGGAUCCGUGCUUCAGCCGGGGAGCCCCGUCACGACGAAGGAUCGGAGAGACUUUCCCGGCAACUGAGAAUUUCGGUGACCCGGCUGGGAUGCUGCCUCGGAAACUUGACGAACCCACGGGAUGGUGAAGACUGGCAUCGCCUAAGUGGUUUUUCGGGGAGAUCCUCUGAUCCCCUGAUCCGACUGGAAAAGCCUGUCCGUAAGACUGGACGCAAGAAAUUCCCACAGGACUCUGCUAUUAAGGGAAACCCGGGAAGAAAGGCGAGAUUACACGUUAUUACGGUGACGUGCCUGGAGUGUCGCCUGGGGUCAGAAGAAAGCCUCGAUUGCGCGAUGAUGUGUGAUUCUGAGCGACCCUACGGUUUUAACAUUAGAGAAGGAUUGGGGAAAGAAGUUAAAGAUGUGCUGUUCGCCACGUAGAUGUCUGGGCCCCCUGCACACCAACCAGACCCCGUGCACCUUGCUGGGCCUCUGUACACACCAACGAGGCCCUCUAGAGCACAACCACACCUCCUAGACUUUGCCUGGCUACUCUGCAAGCCACCGGACCCCGAGCUCACUACUUGGCCCCCCUGGAACAUCUCUGGGCCACCAGAUGGCCAAUUACACCCCCUGAACCUCACCGAGAGCCCCUACGCCUCGCCUGGACCCCGUGCACCUCAACCAGCCCCCUUGCAGCCCGACAAGAUGCCCGGCACACCAAACUUACCCUCUAUAUGCUGAGACCUCUGUAGUCGGCUUGGCCCUGGUGUGCUAACUGAGCACCCCGCAUGCCAACUGUACCCCCUGACAGCAACCAGAUGCCCUGCACCCUGUCGGUGUCACCUGAACCCCAGCCAGCCCCCCCUACAACUUGCAUGGCCAGAACAGCAUUUUAGGCCCGCAGCGAAAACUUUUCACAUAAAGCACUAGGAGGUACAAUCGUCACUGUACAGCACUGUUUCCUCCAAGCUACCAUGCUGCACACAGCAAUCCCUGCCUAGCUGCUUCCUUUCACUGGGAACACACAAACGUUCAGCAGAGCCAGAGCAGCGCUUUUAGGCCCACAGCGAAAACUUCUCAUGGAAAGCCCCUGCACGUACGAGGGUUGCCGUACAGCACUGUUUCCUCCAAACUAGAGUGCCAACUUAAGUGCCAGCUUGACUGCUAGCUUGAGUAGUACUUUUACUUGGGGUACUAUAUAAGUACUAUAUUUUAUAAGCAAUAUGUAUAAGAAGCAAUAUAUGUAGUACAUUAAGUGAUACAAUAAUUGAUACGAAAUACAUUAUGUAUUGUAAUAUAUAAGUAAUAUUUUAUAUAUGUUAUAUAUUAGUACUACAAUAGUAAUAUUUAGGUGAUAUGUAAUCACUGAAGUGACAACUUGAGUGCCAACUGUAGAAGUACUUUUACUUGGGGUACUAUAUAAGUACUACAUAUUAUAAGCAAUAUACAUGAGAAGCAAUAUAUAUAAUACAUUGAGUGAUACAAUAACUGAUACGAAAUAUAUUAAGUAAUGUAAUAUAUAUUACUAAUAUAUUACUAAUACAUUAAGUAAUAUAUAUUAUAUGAUAUAUCUCAGAGUGCCAUCCUGAGUGCCACUUUUACUUGGGGUACUAUGUAAGUAGUAUAUAUUAUAGGCAAUAUAUAUAAGAAGCAAUAUAUAUAAUAUAAAGUAGUACAUUAAAUGAUACAUUAAGUGCUACGCAAGUGCUAUGUAAUAUAUUAAUGUAAUAUAUAAGUAAUAUAUUAGUACUAUUUAGGUGAUAUAUAUCAUAAUAUGUAACCACUGAAGUGCCAACUUGAGUGCCAACUGAAGUAGUUCUUUUACUUGGGGUACUAUGUAAGUAGUAUAUAUUAUAGACAAUAUAUAUCAGAAGCAAUAUAUAGUACAUUAUGUGAUACAAUAAGUGAUAUUAAAUAUAUUACGUAAUGUAAUAUAUAAGUAA